AUGCAGGCACGCUUUGUCGACUUUAGCGAGUUACUCAUUCACUUGGUGACCUACCUCUACCCGCCUGACUUGCUCUCAUGUGUCCAAGUCAAUCGCACCUGGCAUCAAGUCUUCAUCCCGGUCCUCUGGCGGUCGAUUGACGACUCUACGCACUGCUGGGUCGAUCUCAAGAAAUAUAUCCCGCCCAAAUCGAAACCUCCGUGGGAAGCAACACACAGAACAUUGUCACCCCAAGACAAGGACAAGGACAAAGACGAGAGCGGCGACUCGCUUUUUGCAGCGUUUGCAAAGUAUGGACACCACAUCCUCGAACUCAAGAUUCAUUGA